AUGACUGCGGAGAUGGUGGUUGGACCUGUUAUCUCUGCUUCCGUUGAGUUUUUGCUGAACAAGAUCGUUUGUUCUGAAGUGGUAAGCUUCUUAAGGGGAAAGAAAGACUCUGGUUUUGAUACCCUUCUUGACAAGCUGAGGACAACGUUCAUCUGUCUUGCCGACGUACUUGGUGACGCCGAGCAGAAGGAGAUGAGAAACCGCAGGGUGGAAGAGUGGCUGGACAAGCUUCAGGAUGCUGUGGAAGAUGCAGAGGACCUCUUUGAUGAAAUUGAAUAUGAUGCUCUCAAACUCAAGGUGGAAGCAGAGUCAAAACCACACAAAACCAAGGUAAAAAAAUUCUUCUCUAGUUUCAUCUCAACUGAUAUGGACAGGAAGGCAGCUAUGGAGAAGCUUCUUGAGAGGUUGGAAAGCUUUAAAGAACAAUUGAAGAUCCUUGAUCUGCAAAAGCAUGUGGAAAAAAUUCAAUCAGUGAGACCACCUUCAAUAUCUUCCAUGGAUGAAUCUGAAUUUUAUGGGAGAGAUGAUGAAAAGAAAAUUUUAAAAGGAAUGUUGGUGUCAGAUGAGAUUGGUAGAGAAAAGAUAUGUGUGAUUCCAAUUGUGGGCUUGGGUGGGAUCGGAAAAACUACUCUUGCUCAAGCUGUUUAUAAUGAUGAUGAAGUUAACAAAUAUUUUGAACUCAAAGCAUGGGUUUGUGUGUCAGAUGAGUUUGAUGUUUGUAAGGUAACGAAAAUUGUCCACGAAGCAAUAACUAGAGAUGCUUGUGCUGUUGAGAGCUUGAAUGUGCUGCAAGAGAAGAUACAAGAAAGAUUGAAGGAAAAGAAGUUUCUGAUAAUUUUGGAUGACGUUUGGUGUGAAAAAUAUGAUUUUUGGGAUACGAUGAGGGUGAUUUUCAGAGUGGGGGCUCAAGGUAGCAAAAUAAUUGUCACAACAAGAAGUCUUAAAGUUGCGUCCAUAGUGGGAACAACAGGAUUUCGCCACCUGAAUGAGUUGAAUGAAGAAGCUUGCUUGAAGUUAUUUGUAAAGAUUGUAUCUCGCAACGAAGAGUUUACUGCAGAUUCAGACUCAACGAGAAUUGGCAAAGAAAUUGUUAAGAAAUGCAAAGGCUUGCCCUUAGCUGUGAAAGCACUUGCAAGCCUCCUGCGCUUUACAGAUGCUAAGCAGUGGGACAAAAUAGCCAAAAGUGAAGUAUUGGAUUUGCCAAUUGGAGGAGAAAAUAUUCUUCCAGCUUUGAGAGUGAGUUACUACUAUCUUCCAUCACACUUAAAACGAUGCUUUGUUUAUUGUUGCUUGUUCCCCAAAGAUUAUAAAUUUAAAAUGGAUGAGUUGGUCUCGCUAUGGAUGGCAAAUAAUUUAUUGGAGCAUUCAAGUGGAAGUGGAAAUCAGACAAGAACAGAAGUGGGCUAUGAAUAUUUUAAUGACUUAUUGUCUCGAUCAUUUUUUCAAUCUUUAAGUCUUGGUGGUAGUCAGGAUCGUUUUGUGAUGCAUGAUCUUAUGGUUGACUUGGCCAAUUUUGUUUCUAAAAAAAGGUUCACUCACAUAGAGAGAAACAAGUCGUAUGAAAUUGAAUUGAUAAAGCGAACAAGACAUAUUGGAUUUGGCGAUGAUUCCAAUGAGAAAUUCAAGUUAAUUACUGAAGCAGUUUGUUUGCGUACAUUUUUUACUUCUAGCUCAUUUUGGGACAUGUGGAAAGAACAAGAGCAAUAUAAGUUGGAAGAGUUGUUGAAAUUGAAGCGUUUGAGAUUUUUAUCUCUGCAUAUUUUCAGAUGUGCCCAUGAAUUGCCUAAGUCAAUAGGUGAAUUAAGACACCUCCGCUUCUUGGAUCUCUCUUACACUUCAGUCAAAGAGUUGCCCAAGUCUUUUUGCAUGUUGUACAAUUUACAGGCAUUAAAGAUGGUUAGGUGUGAUGAUCUCAUUAAGUUCCCUAAAAAAUUCUAUCAUCUCAUAAAUUUGAGAUAUCUCGGCAUCGGUUGUCGUCAACUUUGUAAGUUGCCACCACUUGGGCAAUUACCCGCUCUCGAAACUCUGGAGAUAGUGAGGUGCGAUGCAAUAGAGACAGUGGGUCUUGAGUUUUAUGGGACUACUUGUACACCAUUUCCAUCAUUGGAAACCUUGCAAUUUAGACAAAUGCCAAACUGGAAGGAAUGGUCAGUGCCAGAAAUAAAUGUUGAAGCUUUUCCAAAGCUAAAAUCACUUGUUAUAAGCGUUUGUGAAAGCCUCACUGGAGAUUUGCCUUACCUCUUACCGUCUUUGACAGAGCUUGAUAUUUUUAGUUGUCCGGAGCUUGGUUCCUGGCUGCCAAUGAUGCCAAAUGCCAGUAAAGUAAGUAUCUACUGGUGCGAGAAGCUUGCAGGAUUCAGAUCAUGCAAUGGUCUUCAAAACGUUGAUCAGUGGUGUGUUCCUGCCAACUUAAGAAACCUACAUAUCAGCUGUUGCGGCAGUAUAGAAUUUUUACCGCCCGACAAAUAUGAAUGCCUCCAAGAGCUUUCAAUAAAGUAUUCUUCAAGCUACUUCGAAUUGCUUCAUAUAGAUUCCUUUCCCAACAUCAGGAAGGUCAACAUUUAUAAUUGUAAAAAUGUGGAGUCUUUCUCGCAAUUUAAUAGCCCCAUAUACUCUCUGUCUACGCUCUAUAUCGAAGGAUGCCCCAACUUCACAUUAUUACCCGAUAGCAACUUCCAUUGCCCAAUUCUGACACAACUGGAGCUCUCAUGUUGCAACAAAUUAAGGUUUCUCCCAGUGAAACUGCCUAGUCUCCUCCCUUCUCUACAAGAACUAGUUAUCUAUGAUUGUCCAGAGUUGGAGUCACUUCCGAGAUUUGGGUUGCCUCUCAGUUUGCGUGAGCUCACCAUUCAAGGCUGCGACAAGGUGAUUGCGUCUCGAAUGAGUUGGAAUUUGCGAGCCCUUCCCAAUCUGAUAAGCUUUCAUUUUGGACAUUACAAAGGUGAAGAUAUGGCGUCGUUUCUAGAGCAAGGAUUUCUGCCGGCAACUCUUACCUCCCUUACAAUUGAUGGAAUUGAUUGUCUUAAAACCUUAGACGACAAGGGGUUUCAAGAGCUCACAUCCUUGAAAGAACUACACAUCUGUGGCUGCCCCAACUUGCAGGCACUUCCAGUGAAAGGGGUGCCGCCUUCUUUUGAAAGUUCACUGCCACCCUCUUUCGGAAGUUUCUUCAUGUGUGAUUGCCCUUUGCUGGAUGCAAAGUACGAAUGGAAGUAUGAAGACGACUAUAAGAAGAUUUGUUGCAUCCCUCGGCCUCAAGUUCCCAUCAGCAGCACUAUUGUAGAUGUAGAUUAUGUGGAGGGUUCUAUGCCUCAAACAAGAGUUGUUUUGAAGAAAGCUUUACAUGCUGUUGUGGUUGUUGUCAACAAGAUAGACAGUCCUUCAGAUUUUUGCCAUUUUCAAGCUUUAAUACCAUCAAAGGAAAACCAGGUUUGUCUCCAGAAAAUUUGGCUGAAGAUGUGGGGCGGCUUUCGUUUUGUGCUUAGCUCUGAUUCUAAUUUUGAGUAA